UUUCUCAAUUGAACCGUCGGACUGAAGUACCGCGUAGCUCGCUGGAUUCAGGCGUUGUUAAAAUGGCGUCAAGGUCUGGUCGUUUCCCAGUUCCAUAUCUUUGUUCCUUCCCUGACACGCUCCUCUCGAGAACCAAACAAAUUCACCUUUUCUGGAUCGUCCUUAAUUCCCAAAAGUAGCAAGUCGUUGGCUCGUUGCAUGCGCUAACCUGACAUGGGCGCCGUAGACGCCGGCCUGGAUACCGUGGCGACGGUCGCGCAGCUGGCAGGGGCGGCGACGUCGCACAUAUCCAUGGCGAACGUCGGCGGGAUCAUAUCCAUGAUCGUGAAGCUGGCGCGGACGGCUCGCCGGAACAAGAAGGAGUGCGAGCAGCUUGCCGGCCGCGUCCGCUUGAUCCUGGACCUGUUGCCGUACCUGCAGUAUCCGGAGGAGAAGGCGACGCGGGCGCCGCUAGAGGAGCUGGUCGCCACGCUCCUGGAGGCGCGAGAGCUCGUUAAGGCCUGCCAGAGCGGUGGCAUGGUCAGCCGGGCCAUCACGGCCAAUCUGCAGGCCAGCAAGCUGGCCGACGUCCAGAGCAAGAUCAACUUCUAUCUUCUCGUCUUCCCCUUGGUCAACCAAAUCGCCAACACCAUCCCCCGCGACCGAAUUCCAAUCGGAAACGCCGCGUCCCAAGGCCCCACGAGCGUAGCACCGCCACCACCAGCCUCCCAGCCGGUCGUCCCUGCAGAUGAUGCCGCGAAGGAUGAUAUAACGUGGGCGGAGGUCGCCGCCGCGUCUACCGUUACCAUGGUCAGCAAAUCCGCCGGCGGGACGGUGGUGUAUAAGGCCACGCUUCGGGACGGCCGGGACGGGCGGCACGUGGCCAUCAAGAGCUUCGAGGGCGACGAGGCGGCGUUCCGCGCGGAGCUCGCCGUGGUCUCCGGUCUCCGCCACCCGCACAUCGUCCGCCUACUCUGCUGGUGGGAGGGCGACGGCAAGCGCUUGCUCGUCUACGAGUACGUGGGCGACGGUACGCUCAGGGACCACCUGCGUCGCGGAGAGUGCGCGUCGUGGAGAGCGCGCACGGAGGUGCUGCUGGCCGUGGCGCGCGCGAUCGAGCACGUCCACUGCCACGCCAUCGUCCUCGGCAACGUCGGUUCGUCCAACAUCCUUCUGGACGCGACCCGGAAGCCGCGCGUGUCCGGCUUCGGCGCCUCGGUCGUGGACACCGUCGGAAGCCGAACGGGCCGUCUCGAGUCGGCCGCCGGCGACGUGCGCGGCUUCGGCGUCGUGAUGCUCGAGGUGUUGACGGGGAGGGAGCCGGUCGUGAGGGUCUGGAAGGAGGAAAAGAAGGGCGAGGUGGACGUGGCCUUGGCGUCCUUCGCGCUCCCGAGCAUUGAGGCCGGGAAGCUGGGGGAUGUGCUGGACCGCCGCCCUGCCGCAAAGCCAACGCCGCGGCAGCUCAAGGCGCUGAAGCUGGUGGCGGACAUGGCCGCGCGCUGUGUGUCUCCUCCAUCUUCUCAACCGGGGAAGGGGCCUACCAUGUCGGACGUCGUGGCCCGCCUCAAAGAAGCCUACGACCUCAUCUGCAGCGAUGACACGCGCACAAAUUAGCAUAGUCCAUAGUUCGUUUUUUUUUUUUGCUUUGCAUAGUCACGGUUGUUGUUGUUGCCAGCGGUAUAUAGUCUUCUAUACCUAAUACGUAAUAAAGAAAAUAAGGUUUCUUGUU